AUGAAGAUUGAAGAAAUUUCGGAAGAUGCGCCUACAUCUAUGCCCGCUCCAGCAGCAGGCCAAGACUUUGAUCUUCUAGCCCAAGCCAUGUCCUCCGCCUUCCCCGGCUUUGCUCCCUCCAACCCCUCCGACCCCUCCUCCACAACCCCUUCUCUUCCUCCUUCCCUCGCCUCCCUGCGCGAUAAAUCUGGACCCGAAAUUCUCAAAUCCCUAAACUCUACUCCGUUGUUCAUGACCGAACUAGAAGAAAACAACGAAUUAGAAGCUUUCAAAGCACUAGCCUACGAAGGUACACCUCUAGAAGUCGCGACGAAUUUCAAAGAGCAGGGAAAUGAUAGUUUUAAGGAGAAGAGAUUGGUGGAUGCAAAGGAGUUUUAUACUAAAGGAGUUAAUAUUUUGUUAGCUGAGGUUAGAAGGAGGCAAAGAGGGGAGAAGAGGGAAGGGGAUGUGCCCGAGGAGAGGGAGGACGAGGUGGUUGAGGAGAUUAAGGUGUUAGAGGUGCUGCUUGUGAAUCGGGCGAUGGCUCAUUUGGGAUUGAAGAAUUAUAGGAGUUGUAUCUUGGAUUGCGGGGCGGUGUUGAGGAUCAAUAAUAAGAAUACCAAGGCGUUAUAUAGGAGUGCGAAGGCAUUGUUGGCGUUAGGGAGGAUAAAGGAGGCGGACGAUGCAUGCGCAAAAGGGCUAGGAUUAGCGGGAGAUGAUAAGGCAUUGCUAGUUUUGGCUGGAGAGAUCCUAAAGAAGAAUGAGGAGAUUGAGGCGAAGAGGAAGAAGGAAGUUGAACGAUUGGUAAGGGAGAAAAAUGAAGAGAGGAUAUUAAAGACAUCAUUGGCGGCGAGGGAAAUCACAUUACGAAUGACGGAUAAACCACCGGAAAUGGAGGACGCGAAGAUCGAGCUAGUACCCGAUGCCUUGGAUCCGAUCAAUUCAACGUUAUCAUUCCCAGUUCUUUUACUAUACCCUCUUGCAGCAGAAUCGGACUUCAUAAAGUCAUUUAAUGAGAUGGAUACCGUGGGACAACAUUUGGAAUACAUAUUACCGUUACCGUGGGAUGUUAAGGGAGAGUAUAGAGAUGGAAAGGUGGUGGAGUGUUAUGUGGAAAAGAAAAAGGGCUCGCUGAUUAAGGUGGGAAGAAAAGUUACUCUGUUGAAGGUUUUGAGUGGUGGGGAAGUGGUGGAUGGUGUUGUGAGUAUAUAUGUAGUGCCAAAGCAAAAGGCAGCGGGAUGGAUAGAAGGGUGGAAAAGAAAAAAUGUAACAGCGAUUUAA